AUGCUUGCUGUUUUUAUUUAUCAACUUGAUCUUCACUAUUUAGUUCCGGUGUCCAAUCGAGACUUGAUAGAUGCAGAUAUGUAUCGCGUAGUACGAUAUGUGAUCGCAUCACAGAAAUAUAACGAAGUUGACUUGUCCGGCAAUAAAAUAACACAGCUGGGCGCUCAAAUUCUCGCUGAAGCUAUUCGCAAAAAUAAAACAUUGACCCAUCUCUAUCUCGUGAACAACAGAGUUGGAGAUAUAGGCGUAUCUCAUCUAGCUGAUGCACUUGAAAAGAAUACGACGCUCACUAGCCUGAAACUUGGAGGAAAUGAAAUCGAACAAAAAGGCGGAGAAUAUCUAGGAAAUGUUUUGCGAAAGAAUUCGACACUGACUACUCUACACCUCCAGAGUAAUCAACUCGGGGAUCCUGGCGCAAUAGAGCUGGGUAAUGCAUUGAAGAUAAAUAAUACACUGGCGAGUUUAUCAUUGGUCAACAAUUGUGUUGAAGCAGCAGGAGCACAAGCUUUGGCUGAAGGAUUAAAAGAACAUUUAACACUCUAUGAGCUUGAUCUCUGGAAUAAUAAAGUCGGCGACGAUGGCGCAAUGCAUCUAGCUACAGCAUUAAAGAGCAACAGAACACUUCGAUAUUUAUAUCUUGGAAAGAAUCAAAUUGGCGAUAAUGGAGUGGAGCAUUUGGCUUCGGCGUUGAAGGAAAACACAGCCCUCACACAUUUGUAUUUGCGAAAAAAUAAAAUUACUGCAGCUGGAGCAAAACAUUUGGGUGAUGCAUUACAGCAGAACGAAAUGCUCGCUCAGUUGUAUUUAUUUGGCAAUCAAAUAGGUGAUGAAGGAGUGCAACAUCUGACUAUGGGCUUAAAGAAGAAUCAGCACUUAGCCGUCUUGGAUGUUGGUUGUAACAAAUUAAAUGAUAAAGGGAUUGGAAGUCUGAUCUCUAUUUUUGAAGACGAUUCAGUUUUGUCAACUCUAGAUAUUCAAUUUAAUCAAAUUGGAGAAAAAAACCAGGCCAAGCUGAUUAGGUUAAUGCAUUUUCAUCCGGAUUUGAAAAUAUACUGGUGA